UUGGAGGGGGGGGUGGUUCGACGCGGGGCCGUUGGCUCCAGACAAAUAAACAUGGAGUCCAUCUUCCACGAGAAACAAGAAGGCUCACUCUGUGCUCAACAUUGCCUGAAUAAUCUAUUGCAAGGGGAAUAUUUUAGCCCUGUGGAAUUAUCCUCUAUUGCUCAUCAGCUAGAUGAAGAAGAGAGGAUGAGGAUGGCAGAGGGAGGAGUCACUAGUGAAGAUUAUCGAACAUUUUUACAGCAACCUUCAGGAAAUAUGGAUGACAGUGGUUUCUUCUCUAUUCAAGUUAUAAGCAAUGCCUUGAAAGUUUGGGGUUUAGAGCUAAUCCUCUUCAACAGCCCAGAGUAUCAGAGGCUCGGGAUCGAUCCUAUAAAUGAAAGAUCAUUUAUAUGCAACUAUAAGGAACAUUGGUUUACAGUUCGAAAAUUAGGAAAACAGUGGUUUAAUCUAAACUCUCUCUUGACGGGUCCAGAAUUAAUAUCAGAUACUUACCUUGCACUUUUCUUGGCUCAGUUACAACAGGAAGGUUAUUCCAUAUUUGUUGUUAAGGGUGACCUACCAGACUGUGAAGCUGACCAGCUCCUUCAGAUGAUUCGGGUACAACAAAUGCAUAGACCAAAACUCAUUGGAGAAGAAUUAGCUCAACUAAAAGAUCAAAGAGUACAGAAAACAGACCUAGAGCAGUCUUUAGAAGUAAGUCAUUCAUAUGAUGGAACAGGAAUCUUAGAUGAAGAUGAAGAGAAUCUACAAAGAGCUCUAGCACUAAGUCGACAGGAAAUUGAUAUGGAAGAUGAAGAAGCAGAUCUGCGUAGAGCAAUUCGACUUAGUAUGCAAGGUGGUUCCAGAAAUAAUAUUUCAGAAGAUAUUCCACAGACAUCAGGUACAAAUUCACCAACAUCUCUUACUGCAGAAGAACUACGAAAGAGAAGAGAAGCCUACUUUGAAAAACAACAACAGCCAGAACAGAUAUCACAUCUACGUGAAAAGCCAACUACAAGUGCCCAUGCACUUGAAAUUGAUCCAGGUGAUGAUAUGACUGAAGAAGAUAUGCUUCAAGCUGCUAUGAAUAUGUCUUUGGAAACUGUUAGUAAUAAUUUGAAGACUGAAGGAAAAAAAUAGCAAAGUGACUUUAAAAAAAUCAGAAUAUUCAUAUUCCCUAACAUUGACUCCUUGUGCAGAUAUCCUAUACAGAGCUCAUUUCAGAAAUGUCAGAAUAGCACAGCAUUCAGAAAAAGUAGGAGGAGGUGGCUUGCAAAAAAAAACAAAACAAAACUGUAGAAAAUGCAUGAAGUUUAGAACUAAAGACCAUAUCUUCCAAAUACUAGCCAAAGAGGCAUUCAGCAAUUAAGGAAAUAGACAAUAGUUUUCUAAAUAAUAAUAUUUACUCUCUUUUUGGGGGGUGGGCAGUAACCUCUUAAAAUAAGAAUUUUUUAAAAAUCAAUUUGUAGACCAACUGAUAGGAUCUCUAGCCACAAGUUUUUUCCAACUCUGUUGAACAAUCUGAUUUAUUCCUCUUUCAUCUUCUUAUAGUUGCUUGUUUCUUAGUGCCCCAAAUGGCCAUACUGCAAUUAGUGUCACUUGUCUGUAGUUACAACAGGUAUGAUAUUUAAUGGGGUAAAUCAUUCUAGCCACAACUGUGUUUUGUGUGCUCUAGUUUUUUUUUUCCUUUAUUUUCCAUUGUCUCUGACCUCAGUUUCUCCCCCCUGUAGUUUUCAUUCCACCUUUUUAGAAGUUAGCCUUUGAUAGGAAUGAUUUCUAUCAUUUCAAUAUGCCAUAAAGGGAUCAGUAUCUAUGAUUGGUGCAUUCCUGGAUUUGAAGGGAAGCCUGCAAAAGGGAGGGGUUAAGACAGUAUAUUGAGUUUGGCAAGAACACAACUAUUUUUCCAGGUGCUUUAUGAAUAUCUCCCCUGUUAUGUCAAAAUGUUAAAGUUUUUAGAUGAACAUAUCUAAUCUACAUUAUGCACCUUAAUGCCAAGUUGUUUCCUCUGUUGCUAAGGAAAAUGAGAGAAAUGAAGUAUGCAAGCUAGCUUGUGUUAAUUAUGAGACUUAAGGUCCAAGAUAUAUGUGUAAUGGACUAAACUGGUCUGCCUGGUUUAUCUCAUCCUGCAGCCGUUUUUUUUGUUUUGUUUUGGUUUUUGUAAAUGGUGCUUUCUGUUUUACACAAAUUUGAAAUGUAUGGAAAUGUAGAUAAAUGCUGCUUGACCUGUAUUCCAUUUAACAGAACUAUUUUCACACAUACAAUAAUCUUGGAACACAUGGAAAUAAUUGCUUACUAAAUUAUAUUUAGAAUUAUGUUGUGACUUGAAACACACUAUUUAGCUAUAACUACAUUAAUAAUUGGAUGAUUCAUUACCAAGUAAGGUUGUAAAUAAAAAGGGUUUUGUCAGACAUCUUUUUUAUAAGGGUUCCCAAAUGACUUUUUUUAAAAAUUGGAGUAGAGUAGUGCUGAUUUUGGUUGAGAUUAAUAGUGCCUUUUAAAAAUAGGCAUUUUGCUCCUGCCAUCAGCCAUUAUUUGUUUUCAUUUGCAAAAAUUUGCAUUUUUUUAGGGUUAUUAUAUUAAAUAGGAAUAUCCAAAUUGCAUCUCUGGAAAUUAAAAAUACAGUAGUAUGUCACUUAAAAAAUUAUCACAGUACUGGGUGGCCAUACUGAUCAGGGAAAAAUUUUUGCUGCAAAAUGUAGCUGAAAACAUAAGAAAUGCCUUGUAUUGAUGAAGUAAUUUUUACUUGAGUGUAAACUUUUUUUUGAAUCUAUCUUCGUGCCAUAUAAAGUUUUCCAAAGCGAACCUUAUAGUAAUAAGAAAAAAAAUUGGCUACUAAGUCUUUUUAAAGCAUUUUUAAUUUGUAAAAUAAAAUUCUUGAUUUUAGAAUAUAGUAAUGAAUAAAUCUGGAAAUAUGCAGUUAUCCCUACAGGUUUGUGUAAUUUUCCAUCGUUUUUUUUCUUUUUCCCUUUGAAAAAGUACAUCCAACACUUUGUAUAUUUGAGUUAAUACUUCCUCUAUCAUAGAAGCAAUGCUAACUGUUAAGAUUGAAAUUUUUUUCUCCGAUAGUUUCUUACAUAAUAAAAGCUCUUAAUGGAUAGUAAAACACAAGGCUUAACCUUGUCAUGCCCAGGUGAAACAAUUAUUAAAAUAACAUGUCAGCCUUAAUUCUUAAUGCUUUUUAUUGACUCAAGUUUGACCCUUAGGCCAGAAAGUUCAGGCCGAGUUCUGUCUACAUUGACUAUACCAUACUAAUUUUAUUUAAAAAAAAUAAUUGAUGUACUGCCAUCUUAUGGAAUAUAGACUUUUGACAGUUUAAAUUCUAAUCAUUCAGGUUAUACUCCUUAGUUGAUGUAGCUUCAAAGAUGGCUGCUCCAUAAUAAUCCAUUGCAUAAAAUAAAUUAGCUGGAAGUCUUUCCCUGCCCUGCCCUACCUUCUUAAUCCGGCAUUUAUUCAGUGCAGUGUAAAAAUUUUAAAUUGUAUAAAAGUACACGAAAUUCUACCACUUUCUAAUAAGCAUCUUGUGUAAAAGUCAGCUUCUAUAGCUUUACAGUAGCCAUCCUGCUGAGAUAAAAUUUAAUUUGUGGCACUAAUGUAGGGAACUUACUGUAAAUGUUAAAAAAAGGAUUUUUGUUCUGGGUCAACAAUCAGGAGAAUAUAAAUGUUUAAUAUUUAAACAAUAUGUAUUCUUAUAUAUAACUAGUAUUAAACAGGAUUAACAAGGUGCAGAAAAGUUUUGGUUGGGUCUCCAUAAUAUUAGUAAUAAUUAAUAACAGGCACCUAGGUGGCGCAGUGGAUAAAGCACUGGCCCUGGAUUCAGGAGGACCUGACUUCAAAUUCGACCCUAAACACUUGACACUUCUUAGCUGUGUGUGUGACCCUGGGCAAGUUACUUAACCCUCAUUGCCCCACCAAAAAUAAAAAAAAAAGGUAAUGACAAACUUGGAAAUGCAAUGAGUGUUUUCAGAUAAGUGCAUGACUUUUACAUGGAAGGAGUACUGCUCAGUUUUUAAAUUUCAGGGUAGUGAAAUAACAACUGGUAUUAAGAUUUAUGUAUAAAUAGUAGAAAUAUUUGGAGGCAAACUGUCUUAACAUCAAAAAUUCAAAAA